GGGUCCUCAGACUGGGCAGGGCAGGGCAGUUCUGAGAGUUAGGGAGGGUCAUUCCCACUGCCCUGUGGAAGAGAAGAAAGGAAGGGUGAAGAAGAAACAACUGAUCGUACCCACCAUGAAAGUGCUCCUUCUUUUGCUGCUGGUGCUCCUGGACCUGGGACAGGCCCAAGGAUCACUUCACAGGGUGUCCCUCAGGAGGUAUCCAUCCCUCCGGAAGAAGCUGCGGGCACGGGGCCAGCUCUCGGAGUUCUGGAAAUCCCAGAAUCUGGACAUGAUCCAGUUUACCGAGUCCUGCUCAGUGGACCAGAGUGCCAACGAGCCCCUCGUCAACUACCUGGAUAUGGAAUACUUUGGCACAAUCUCCAUUGGCUCCCCACCACAGAACUUCACUGUCAUCUUUGACACCGGCUCCUCCAAUCUCUGGGUCCCCUCUGUGUACUGCACCAGCCCAGCCUGCAAGACACACGCCAGAUUCUAUCCUUCCCGGUCCAACACAUACAGCCAGCCAGGGCAAUCUUUCUCCAUUCAGUAUGGAACUGGGAGCUUGUCUGGGAUCAUCGGAGCUGACCAAGUCUCUGUGGAAGGACUGACAGUGGCUGGCCAGCAGUUUGGAGAAAGUGUCACAGAGCCAGGUGAAACCUUUGUGGAUGCAGAGUUUGAUGGAAUUCUGGGCCUGGGAUACCCCUCUUUGGCUGUGGGAGGAGUGACCCCAGUGUUCGACAACAUGAUGGCUCAGAACCUGGUGAAUGUAGCGAUGUUUUCUGUCUACAUGAGCAGCAGCCCAGAAGGUGGUGCAGGGAGCGAGCUGAUUUUAGGAGGCUAUGACCACUCCCAUUUCUCUGGGAGCCUGAACUGGGUCCCAGUCACCAAGCAAGGCUACUGGCAGAUUGCACUGGAUAACAUCCAAGUGGGUGGUACUGUGGCGUUCUGCUCCGAAGGCUGCCAGGCCAUUGUGGACACAGGAACCUCCCUCAUCACUGGCCCUUCCGACAAGAUCAAGCAGCUGCAAAAGGCCAUCGGGGCAGUACCUGUGGAUGGAGAAUAUGCUGUGGAGUGUGCCAACCUCAACAUCAUGCCAGAUGUCACCUUCACUAUCAGUGGAGUCCCCUACAGCCUCAGUCCAACUGCCUAUACCCUCCCGGAUAUUGUGGAUGGAAUGGAUUUCUGCGGCAGUGGCUUUCAAGGACUUGACAUCCCGCCUCCAGAUGGACCCCUCUGGAUCCUGGGGGAUGUCUUCAUUCGACAGUUUUACUCGGUCUUUGACCGUGGGAAUAACCGUGUGGGGCUGGCCCCAGCAGUCCCCUAAGUAGGGGCCUGUGUCUGUGCCUGCCUGCCUGACAUACCUUGGGGCUGUUAGGUGGGGGCAUUCUUUACACCUGUCAAAAAGUUAUUUUCCACAGAGUACAGUCAUUCUCAGAGUUGUAACUUGAGUUAGUACCAAACAGAGUGUGAGAACAAACACACUUACAGCCUCACACAUACACACCACCUCUACCACCAUCAUGAUGGA